AUGUCCUCUCCUCCCACAUUCUCCCUCACCAAAACCUUAACAACCAGAGUCUUCCCAGAAUCCACAAACCAAAAACCAACAACUAUUUCUCUGUCAAUAAUAGACGCAACAGUUUCCCGUUACGCCCGUUGUGCAGCAAUAUGGUACCACAACCCGCCCUCAACCCCAACCCACUUCCUCACACCAUCUCAUUUCCACUUCGCUCUCUCGCAAACCCUAACCUCCUACCCACAAUGGUGCGGUCGCGCCUUUUACACACCCUACCAGCCAAAUACCAAACAUACCCAACGCUACAGACGGGUACAAAUCACAUGUAACACCAUCUCCGACCCAGGCGUUGAGUUCGUCGCGGCGACGUCGCCGAAGAAGCUAGCAGAUUAUAUCCCAGACGCGCUCGCGCGCGGAAAAGUAUGGGAUGCAGCUUGCGUGCCGUCGAAAGAGUUAUAUCCAUCCACUUCACUCUCACUAGGUGAUGAUCGAAGCGCCGUUAACCCACCAAAUGUAAGCGUGCAACUCACGAGUUUCGCGUGCGGGAGUACGGCUGUGGCGAUUAGUUUCACGCAUGCGCUUGCGGAUGCGCAGACUUUGUCGCGGUUUGCGAGGGAUUUAGCUGCUGUGAGCAGGGCGAUGUUGAGAGGUGAAGAACCGCCUGUGUUAUCACCGAUUUUUGAUCCGGGUUUGCUUGAUGAGCGGGCGGUUGGGGAUGUUGAUGCGGAUGAGCCUGAUAGGGAAUUACAGGAGGAAGCGCGGAAGCUGCCUAUGCAUCGCUAUGACAAUUACCUGGAAGUCGAGGGACAGCCGUUUCCUUAUAACAUGCCGGGUGAUUUCAAGAAAGUAGCGCAUCUGCCUACCACACCCAGCACGCCUAUUCCGUGGCAUGAGUGGGAUGUGAAAGCAAAGUGCAGUCAUCGAAUCCUGCAUUUCACUGCAGAUGAGAUUUCCAAUAUCUAUAACCUCGCAGCUGAGUCACAGGAUGUCAAGUUAUCGAAACUCGACACGCUGUUAGCUCAUAUCUGGCUGCGUAUCAACACAGCUAGGCAGCUUCCCCCAGAGACAACGACAUAUCUAGAUUACUCCGUAGGCCUACGCUCUCGUGUCGAGCCCCCAUUACCAGCUUCUUUCCUAGGAAGUCCCAUAACGCAAGCAGCAGUCGAAAUCACCAUUCCUAGCUCACCAACCUCGAAACCAUUCGCCCAACUUCCUGAAUACGCAAAACAAAUCCGCAGCACGGUCCGAAAAUUCACACCCUCAGCAAUAGGUGCUCUACUCCAUGAUUCAGCCUUCGAAGUCUCGCCGCAACGACUGUGGAGAGGAUUCCUAGGAACUCGACAUAUUAUUUUGACGACAUGGUUGCACUUGGGAUUGGAAGAGGUUGAUUUUAUCGGUGCAGAAAAUGGUGGCGGGGGGUUAAGGCAUGUGGAUCCUAUUAUGCCGGUUUGUGAUGGUUUGAUGGAAAUGCAUGAGAGUAUUGGUGAUGAGAUCAAAAAUGGCCAUUGGAGCAGGAAUGGGGUGGAUGUGAAUGUGUACCUGGAAACAGAGACGAUGUCGCGGCUAUUGGAAGAUCCGUGGCUAUGGGGUGACCAGAAAUCUUCCAAUUGA